UCAAUCUUGCUCAGUCAGUUGCAUGGCGCACAUAUUGGGCUUCGUGAUAAGGCGUCAUGUAUCUCUUAUGUCCUAUAAUCUGCUUGUUUUCCUUAAACUAUGGUAUAAGUGCUAUUUAUAUUAUAUUGGGUGUGUGAGAGUAAGGCAAACAGUCGAUCGGUAAACACGAGGAAAGGUACUAUUCCCUCAUUCCCUCAGAUAGAUUGACGCUACAAUAUGUGCUUUUCUGUCAAUGUUCAUUCGAAAGUUAUUAUAGUUUAUUUUUAGAGUAAGAUUUAAUUUGAUAGACAAAAACAUUUUUAGCAAACGUCGACAAAAAAACUAGUCGAGACAACCGCAUUUUGAGAUGACUGAAAUAUGACUACGGCUAAUAAGUAUUAUCGUCCAAAAGACAAAAAUUAAAAGGCCUGCCAAAAACAACAAUGACUAACAGUACCGCCCUGCGUUGCGUUGUUGUGUAUUGUGAACGCAAUACAAGCUCAUGGCUGUUAAAACAUACACAGCUGUAAUUUAGUAACGUUGACAAAAUUCCAUUUAUAAGUUGAGCUGCGAAGUAGCGAGUGAUCACUGUAAUCUUAAAGUUGAGCGCGAAAGCAAGUGAGCAAACAGAUUCUCGCGGGCUGGACCGGAGCUCGCGGCGAACAAGCCGAGCGUCUGAAAUGGACGGCUUCGGCUCUGCGAGCGGCGGCGCCCCGGGGCCUUGCGCCGUCGCUUCGGUGAAGGCGGCCGCGUUGCGGAGAGACGGGCGGCGGGCCCCGCGGCCCGGCAAUGAUGGGGGUGACGGUGAUCCUCAGUGGAGCGAGAGGCACCGUGCCCGAGACUGACAAAGUCAGAUGUGAGCAGACACCUCCGUCGACUUUGCCCGGGCUUGAUUUUACUGGGGAAAGACCGAGUGAGCUGAGGAAUGUGUCUGGCCGUUCUCGCUUUGUUUUUUUAAUUCUGGUCGCUCGGAUGUAGGUUUGCCGGACGCCAUUGUCAUGUCUCUCCAACUUGGGGCCUCUCACGCACAUCCUGGCGCUGAGCAAAGCUACCCAGAUACUAACAGAAGUAUUGAUUUUACCCCAAACUUCAAUUAACACUGGAAGUCCAGGGGUUUUUUUGGGUUAUAAAUACCAGAAAGGUGUCAAAAGACCCAGAUACCAAACUGACUACUGGGCUAAAGAAGCAAUCAAGCAUGCUACACCUCUGGAUUCACUCCCUAGGUGUGACGGCGGGGUUUCACUCUGGAUAGCUGCUUUUAGCAUCUUGAAUAUAAGGGGCAGUUUACAUGGUGACUCUGCAACACGAAGACACAAUGACUGAGUAGCAAAAUUGGCCUUGCGUGGGUGAAGACGGAAGGCAAAGACGCAAAUCUCCGAAUCCGUCCUCCAAAGUGGAACGAUUCCAUUCGUGGGGUCGCAGCGCAUUCAUAUGAAUGGAAACCCCCUUCGUUUCGAUGACAUAAGCACUCGCACAUGUCACAUUGGGCGUGCGCAGUGGUGCUAUUAAACAUUAAAAACGGCAAAUGGCGGAACGUCGGCUUUAAUUGACUGUUUUAAUGAUAUUUUUAAAUUGAAAUAUGUUGAAUGUUUCCAUUUUUUGUGCCUUUUGGAGCAAAAAAUGCCAUUGCUUGGAGUGGGCUGAGGAGCUUGGUGGGGUCAAAGUCCAUCAUGCACUGUCGCCAUGUAAAUCUGCACUGCCCUCUAGGGCCUGGCAUAAAUACUACAUCGUUUUCAUGCGGAAUUGUUCGAAUGGAGACGAAACCAUAUAAAUGCAAAUUUGAAAUUUUUCGUAUUCUCGGAGAGUCACCAUGGAAAUGGCCCCGAAGAGAGACGGGUGGACUUCUUGGUGGGUCUUGCAACGGAAUUGGUUCAUGAAAAAUUGCUUCGUCAGCAACCUCCAACACCUAGCCCCGGGAAAAGGGCGAAGUGUCAUAUGUCACCACAUAAAAAAAAUGUUCUGUUUUAGUUUUCAUUACACUGUCCCUUGUACAGUAGGCAAACUCAUGUAAAGAUGUAAAAAGGUUGUCCGCCCGAUUGCCUGCCUGAGCGGUCCACUCUCCGACAAGCAGCAACUGUUUUGUCCAACUGGACAAGCCUAUUUGGAAGGAGGAAAGAAAACAACCUCUAAAGGUGUUCAUUGCCUCAGACAACCAUCCAAUGGCACCUUUCUGUCUCCAUACAGUUUACACACACAUACAGUAUAUGUCAGACAUACUAUAAGUCCGACUACGGUUCGGCAUGAAGUUUAAAAACAAAAAAAAGAAAAGAAAACCUGACUAGUAUGUUCCAUUUGGUUUACACAGAUGAUAAAACUGAAAGAGUUGAAGAGACAAGUAAACACUUAAAAAGAAAAGUCACAUCCUGUCAGUAGUUUCGUCCAUUGUAAGGUGGCUUUUUUACCACAACCUGUCUUCUGGGCUUGAAAGUAACAAUAGGCCAGCUAGAAUAACACCAGUUUACCUUUCCCCCAUGAGCCAAGGCACCCCUGCCCUUCAUUGAAUGCAUAUGUAUUGUAUCAGACAUGUACCUGAAGGCAAGAGAGACGGGUGCACUUUUUGGUGGGUCUUGCAAAGGAAUUGGCUCACUCUCAUGUGGGCGCAAAGAAGGCGCAGAAGGAAAAAUUGCUUCGGCAACAACCUCCAACAUAUGUUGCCUGAUGUCACCACAUAAAUUUUUUGGGUUUUUUUUUAUUACGCCAUCCCUUGUAUAUAGUUUCUUUUAUUGUCUUUUUCACAUAUGUUUCUUUAUUGAAUGAAAAGCUUUUUCUGUGCAAAAAAAUGACUCGUGAUGUGCAUCAUUAGCCAUCCAGCAUCAGCACAUACAAGAAACAGUGCAACUAAAUAUUCAGAGAGAUUGAGACAGCUGUUCUUUCUCAAUGCUCAAAUGUCAGACAGUCCUCUGCAACAAAUCCCCAGCAAAAAAAAGUGAUAUCUUCCCAAUUUUGUCAAAUCGUGCUCAAUUCGAUCACAUUAGACAACCGUACUGAGCAGUUACCAAACACUAAAACUAGGGCUGUCAAAAUUAUCGCGUUAACAGGCGGUAAUUAAUUUUUUAAAUUAAUCACGUUAAAAUAUUUGACGCAAUUAACGCAACUGCCCCGCUCAGACAGAUUUAAAUGACAGUACAGUCAAAUGCCCACUUGUUAAUUGUGUUUUAUGGAGUUUUGCCGCUCUCUGCUGGCGCUUGGGUGCGACUGAUUUUAUAGGCUUCAGCACCCAUGAGCAUUGUGUAAGUAAUUAUUGACAUCAACAAUGGCGAGCUACUAGUUUAUUUUUUUUAUUGAAAAUUUUACAAAUUUUAUUAAAACGAAAACAUUAAGAGGGGUUUUAAUAUAACAUUUCUAUAACUUAUAACAUUUAUCUUUUAAGAACUACAAGUCUUUCUAUCCAUGGAUCGCUUUAACAGAAUGUUAAUAAUGUUAAUGCUAUCUUGAUUUAUUGUUAUAAUAAACAAAUACAGUCCUUAUGUACCGUAUGUUAAAUGUAUAUAUCCAUCUUGUGUCUUUCCAUUCCAACAAUAAUUUACAGAAAAAUAUGGCAUAUUUUAUAGAUGGUUUAAAUUGCGAUGAAUUGUGAUUAAUUACGAUUAAUUAAUUGUUAAGCUGUAAUUAACUCGAUUAAAAUUUUUAAUCGUUCGACAGCCCUAACUAAAACAUACAGUAAAAAGGUUGUCCGCCCGAUCGCCUGCCUGAGCGGUCCACUGUCCGACAAAGCCAAGGCAGCCCUGCCCUGCAAACACUCAAGAUGCUAAUUGGAGCAAUCCAGCCCUGUGGUUUAAUGUGAAUGGGAAUAACUAAUGAGGACCUCAAUGCUCACAAAAGAUAUGCUAAUUAGGGUCAGAUGAUCCUUCUCUGGUUGCAAAAGUGAUUUCUAUCAACGGAUCCACCCUUGGUAGUUCUAGUGUUAAAAUGACCUAUUAGCAUUUUUUGAAAACCCUUUAUUUUUUGCUAUUUAAAAAAUGUUUUUUCAGUUUUUGCAUUUUCUGAUUGCUUUUUUUUUUUUUUCAUAGUUUUUUCAUUUUUUGCAUUUUAUGUUUCGCAGCUCAUUCGCCCCUCCCAGACUAAACGGAUUAGCACCGUCAAUGGCAGCCAUGGUCUUAUCUUCAAAUGAGUUGCAUGCAUGCACGUAGGUUGAUAAAAGUAUUCAUACUUAAUUGCCUUUGAUACGAAAUGGAAUAUGAAAAGUGUAAUAAUGGACAAAACAAAAGGUUUUCUUUCCUCUUUGACAGGCAAGCCAACCCCUGGUGACCACACAAGAAAAGUACAAAAUAUAUUUUGCAGGCUACUUGAAGCCAAUUGCACAUCAAUUAUCCUGUCAAGGUGACGGAGAAAUAUAAUUUACGAGCUCCCCGGCAGAUUUUUAUUUCUUUUUUUUUAUUGUUGUUGCGCUAAUACGCCUCCACGUGAAGCGGCAGUCUUUUCAUAUACUGCUGCUUCACCAGGGGAAUAAGUACAGUAUAUUUGGUGACCUCUGAGGACACGGUGUCAAUUAUUAUAGGCCCUGGCUCUGUGCUGGACUUCAUUCCCUUAUCAAAAUAAAUGGUUAGGGCAGCAGAACAUGAAAGGCUUUAAACUGCCCGUUGUUUUUGACAAAAGAGCACAAAUACAUCAGGAAAAGGUAAAAGUGGCACAUUAGCAAAUUGUUACUUUUUGUCCACGAGUAAAUAUAAUUACCGUAUUUUCCGCAUUAUAAGUCGCCCCUUCACUGAAUGGCCUAUUUGGAAAAAAAAAAAAAAAAUCAUAUGUUUGGCGCACCACAUUAUAAGGUGAGGAGCGUAGCGAUCUAAUGUUUUGAUCUAGGUUUUGUGUUUUCUCCUAGUGUGACUUGUCCCUGUGAUUGACCAUUGAUUUCACCUGUCGUGCCUGCUCCGACUGUAUCCUCCAAUCUGAAUCCUCCUGUGUCACCCACCUUUUCCUCGUUGACUCGUUACCCUGUGUCUAUAUAAGCGCCCCGUUUUUGUCGAGUCUUGUCAUGACAUCGUCAAUGUGCAUGUCCACGUUCAUGUCAGCGUUUUUUUCCUAGUUCCUCGUCCUGCUUUGAAAAUUUCCAUGAAAUCAUCGAAAGGCGGGAAAAUGCCGAAGAUUAAUGCGAGCGGUCGACGCCACGUAACAGACGAGCAGAGCGGAAUCAUCGCCGGCGCGGGAGCGGUCGCCAAUCUCGACGUGUCAUCACAUCGCUUAAUUUCACACUUGACUUGAGACUUUGUGGUGGAACGCGGUAGCCAUAUUGCCGCGUCCGCUCCAAUCACACUCACGGGGAAUAUGAAGUGGCUGCGUCUGAAUGGAAAUGCAAAAUAGACCCUGAAGACACUCCAUCUGCCUCCUGAGUCCACAUUGUCAGUCGCCCGGAUGUAGCGCAGUUGUUCUGGAGGAGGAAUGGAUCCAGUUUUCCAGAGAAAAAAAAGCUGAAUUGGAAAUGGCCUGGAGAUGGAUCGUGUCAUUACCAAUUCCUGACGAUCCGCCGGAGCUGCUGCCGAUUGUGCGGAGGCUGGAGGCCAGGCGGGGGAACGACGACAGUUGGGGGAUAUCACAAUCAAUCGCCUUCCUAAUCCUGCUCGACGCCAGACCAACACUUUCGGCAUCCCCGUCAGUCACGUCCAGCGUUCAGGACAAUGGCGAACCUGAACCAGGUCAGACUCCUCAGAGGCCGCAGGACAACAUCCGGCAUUUGAAGAUGAUUGAGUACCUGCCCGCGUGGUGCUUGAAUGCUUGGCAGCCAUCCCGGAGCCGGAGGCGACUAUCGCUCAUCUCCAGCAAGGUGGAGGAAAGCGGGUGCGCUUCCCAAGCUGGCGUACGGGAAGGGGACAGGUUGGUGGCGUUGAAUGGAGAGCCGUGUGCCGGCGUGGCUCUUUCACAGGCUCAAGCCAUAGUGGACGCGACGAGCGGGUGUCUACGCUUGCUUAUCAAGAGACGGAGAGGUGCGAAGGAGCCUUCAAAGAUGAGGGAGCUCUACAUAUCCGAGUCCCAAGAUGAAGUGUCCGACGGAGAUCUGCAUCGGGACAGCAGUGGAGAGACUCCCUCGCCGUCCCUUUCCCAGAUAACCUUGGACAACAUGGUAGCAUCUCCGCACUUGACUCGAAAGCCCCUCAGCCAGCACGGGGUGGUGCAAGGGAGGGCGCCAGCAGCAUCGGCAUCACCUGGGAGGGGCAUCCUGAGCGGUGGAGUGGGAGGCCCCGGGGUGAGCGCCGGAUCCCCAGGAGCGGGAGGAGGGCCCUGUGAGCUUCCCGGCUCUUUUAGUCUCUCUUUCCAAAUCUCCUCAGACGACGGAACGCCCGUCGAGGAGCAGGAUUCCGAUUCCGAUCCGGAGAAACCCAACAAACACCGAGCGAGGCACGCCAGGCUCAGGCGCAGCGAGAGUCUGUCCGAGAAGCAGGUGAAGGAGGCCAAGUCCAAAUGUAAGCGGAUCGCGCUUCUUCUUAGCGCCGCGCAGCCCAACCCCAACAACAAGGGCCUGUUGAUGUUCAAGAAGCACCGUCAGAGAGCCAAGAAGUACACCCUCGUGAGCUACGGUACCGGCGAGGACGAGCGAGAAGACAGCACCGAAGAGGACGAAGAAGACUCGCGGAAGGGAAUCCGCGUGGUCGAAUUCACGCUCGAGGAUCGAGACGAGUCGGAUUUAGAGAAGCGCUUCCUCGCGAAUGCCCGCGGCGGCAAAAGCGUGCUGACCAUCUGCCUGGAUAAAAGUCUCCUCGACGGCGAGCGGAAUCAAACGCGGAUGGAGUGUUUGCCCGAAACCAAGGGCAAAGGCGCCCUCAUGUUCGCCCAGAGGCGUCAGCGAAUGGACGAGAUUGCGGCCGAGCACGAAGAGCUUCGGCGUCAAGGGAUGCCCGUGGAAGGGGCGAAAGCGGAACCGGAUCAAGCGUACAUGGAUGUGAAUGUUCACCAGCAGCAGCAGUACCAGCAAUACCAGGAACAGCAGUACUAUGAGCAACAACAACAGCAGCAGCAAUUCCAGCAGCAACAGCAAUACCAACAAUAUCAGCAGCAGUAUGAGCAACAGCAAAUGCAUCAGCAAGAUCAGCAUCUUCACUUUUCCGGGGAUGGUUCAGUGCAACCGCAAAGCCACGAGGCGCGGAGCUCUUUAAGCAAUCGCACCGCAAAGCCCUUUCCGGUACAAAACGUGGCAGCGACCCCUUACUCUCCUGCAAUGAGUGGGACUAAUCAAUAUUCUGUGGGCCAAGGAGAGCAGAUCGCCUCUCGUGACGAGCGCAUUUCCACGCCUGCAAUCAGGUCGGGGAUCCUGGAUUUAAAGAGGAGAAAUGUCGCCAAGCCCAUGUUCACGUUCAAAGAGACACCAAAGAUGUCACCUAAUCCAGAGUUGCUGAACCUCGUUAACAUGAGUAACAAGAAGAUUGGUUUUGAGUCAGGACCCGAGGAAGACUACCUCAGCCUAGGGGCUGAGGCUUGUAAUUUCCUCCUGUCCUCACGCUCGAAACACAAAAAUCCUCCGCCGGUGGCCCCGAAGCCUGUGAUUGAUCCCAGCGCUGCCCCUUGGUCUCCGCAGAUGGAAGUAACCAAUCAGGGCAUGCCUCAGCAUUCUGAAAAUAGUGCAUCCACACCUGCUGUAGCCCCCGCCGCAAAGACCACCCUUUCAAAUGACCGAGAGCCAACCUCUACUGUGCAUGUCUCUGGGCCAUCUCCCCCUCAAGCCCAACUGGAAGCCCCUGCACACGCCGCUGUGCAACAACAGACGUGGCCACCGGUAAGCCAACAACAAGUGGGCAUCCAAGAGGGAAACUGUAACGUAAGAUCUUCCCCCUUGCCCGAGACCGGUACUGAAAGAAUUUGGGAUUCCGUACAAGUAACCCCGCAGCAAUCGACAAUUUCCUGUUAUCCGGCUCAAGUACAGCCCCAUGAGCCACCCUUGAGUCAGUCCUCUCUCCAGCCACAAUGGACAACGCCUCAACCCACUCACAGUCAAGUGCAGUCCCAGACCGCUGCCAAUACAUGGACACCCCAAAUUCAGGCAUCAUGGAAUCAGGCAGAGCAAGCACCGUCACACGCCCAGCCAUCCUGGUGUCAGCCUCAAGAAUUACCACAGUCCCAAACAGAACCAAACUGGACACACGCUUCUGAACCGCAAGCGCAGCAAAUUCAGCCAGCCUGGGGUCGCCCACAAGAACCGAUGCUGCAGCAGCAGGUUUCCUGGGCCCAGGCUCCACCAGUAGACUCUCAACCAACAUGGGCUCAACAUGAAUCCCAAGCUCAGGCUCCUUGUGUUCAGCCAGAAUUUCAGCAACAGCCAUCAUGGGGUCAAAUUGCAGAGGCAAAAUCUUGGCCGCAGGCCCAAGCACCAGAUCAACAAUGGGCUUCGGCUCAGCCCCAAGCACAUCCUCCAAUAAUUACCUGGCCUCCACCUCCACCCACUUGGACCGAAACAGCCCAAGCACAACCACACGUGCAGCCUCCAGCCGGUUUGAACGCUUGGGCACCUGUUCCCGCUCAGCCGCAGCCGCAACCAUCUUGGACCCAGCAGCCCGCAGAACAGGUCCAGGGUCCCUCCAAUUCCUGGGAGGGCGAGCAAGGUCCGCCCCAACAUCAGGCAACCUGGGUCCAGUCUGAUCGUCCUCAGCCACAGCCGUCCUGGCAACAAGCACCCUUAAAAACCGUGCAGCAGCCUGCGAUGAACGCAUGGUCGCAGGCUCAAACCCCUCCCACUACCUGGACACCGCAGUCCCAACAAACCUCUGGGGCCAACACUCCACCUUUGCCCAAGCCUUGGAAUACCCAACAAAAGCGCGGCCCACAGCGAGUAAAAGCUUUCACCUCUGGUCACAAUGUUUCAUUCCCCGUCAACCCCUUGGCCACCGUCCUGAACCCGUCAUCCUCCGGUUCGGCUUACGAGAUGCCUGCCGUCCGAGGGAAAGGCGCCGACAUGUUUGCCAAAAGGCAAUCUCGCAUGGAGAAGUACGUGGUGGACUCUGAGACCGUGCAGGCUAACAUGGCGGGUCGAUCCACGUCGCCGGCUGCUUCCUUACCAAGCGAGUGGAAGUACACCCCCAACGUACGUGCUCCGCCCUCACGUGGUUUCAAUCCCAUCCAGUCCCCCUCCUAUCCGCCGGGUGCGUCCAAGCAGCCUCCUUCUAGCGCCCCGGAGUCAAAAGCUAAGAAAAAAGGCAAACAAGGACCUCCCCCAAAACCGCUUGACGUUGUUGACGUCAUGAAGCAUCAACCCUACCAACUUAGCGCCUCCCUUUUUACAUACGGGCCUGCAGCAGAAACUGCAAAAGAGUCUUCUCCUAAGCCCAGCUGUUCACCCCAGAACCAGCAACCGGUUCAGUCAGCUGGAACAUUUAGCACUUCGUACCCCGAGCAGCCUAAUGAUGGCAACUAUCAGCCAAGUCCUAACGCUUAUCCCCAGCAACCUUCAGGUGGUCCUUACUGGCAACCACAUAAUAAACAACCCCCUCAAUUGCCUAGUCCCCAGUACCCACCACCGCAAGUCCCUUACGAAGCAGCUGCUAGUCCCCCUUACCUUUCACCUAGCUUAGCCUUCCAGCAGCCAACUCACGCAAAUGUAGCUCCUAGCUAUCCCGUCGCUUCACCGCCUGGCUCUACGACCAGCGGCAACGCUGGCGCGGCGCCAAAACCAAAGUUUAUGGCUAAAAAAAGCUCUGCUCAGGUGUGGAAGCCCACUGUCCCUGAGAAGGAGUAAUUCUUGCUCCCCGUUGUCUGUGUUUAUUUUAAUGUCAUAGAAACGAUUCAUUUUUCAGCUAACUCAAGAAGAGUUGCUUUAAAAAUGAGCCGUUUUUACAUUGACUACACAGUAACUUUGUCAAAUCACCACUUUGAAAUCAAAGUUUGAAAACUUGCGAAUCUCGUUUGCCCUCAAGCAAAUUUAUUUAAAGCUUCAUUUUCCUUUUUUUUUUGUCAGCUGUUGCAUCACGCUAGCUGUUAUAUUUAACUGAGGUGCGCGCAUAGCCGGCUUGAAUUUCAACAUGAGCCACUAUGACCCAGAUUCAUAUCUAAUAUACAGUAUAUAUUCCAACAAUACUGUUAUAUGAAUUCAAUUGUGUUGCAUUUAUUUAUAUUUGCUUGUUAGCUGCUAUAUUUUUCAUGUGCCACGUUUUUUUCCCUUUUUGUGUUUUCUUCUUGACACAGCGCACUUUCUGUACUAUUCACUGCAGUGCCAUUAAAACAAACUCUUAUCCUUCUUUGGCUUUCUUUUUUUUACUCUGUUUUGCAUGCCUUUUGUGUUUCUUCUUUCCUAUGUUGAAAAUACAACACAAUUUACUUCAUGAACUAUAGAAUGAGAAGUCGAACCAUGUACAAAUGAAGUCUAAUCGAAUCAAAAAACUUAGGGUACACAUAACAGUACUGUAUUUCUUUCCAUGCUUCUUCUUGCACUUCCCUUUUUCACCACACGGGUGCAGAAUUUAGUCAGAAAAUUAGAUAUGCAAGAAACGUGUCUGGUCUGUUUCCCUUCUAGGUGGCUGGCAGGAGUUACUCUCUGUCGCCUCCAGGUAGAGCGCCCUCCACAGGCCAUCAGUCGCCCGCUUCCUCCGGGAGACACCCCGCGUCCAGGCAGACGUACUGCCAGGAGAAAGCCCCCAAAGCCAUCACGCCCUGGGAGGCGGCGUC